AUGGAAUGCCUAAAUAUAAAUGUCGCAAGGCCAAAUACUGUGCCGAAUAAGCAUGAAAAAUACGUGAAUUAUUUUUACAAAGCAAGCAGUUACGAAAAUUUAAAUACAUCUGAGAAGAUUAUCAGUAAGCCUGAGCCCAUUAUAACUCGCAAAUUGCCAAGAUCAUCAAGCUGUAAUCCAAAUAAAAUAAAGCAAAUGCUAUUAGAGAGCAAAAUGGAGCAAAAUCGUCUUAAAAAGUCCCAGCCUUUUUUUGCAGUGAAUGCUUAUCCUUUGCUAAAAGCUUAUGAAUUGGUAAAAGACGAAAAAAUUGAUAGCACUGACCUAAGCAAAAAUUUACUUGACUUUAAAUAUAUUACAAAAAUCAGUAGGUAUCAUUCGGAAAAAUAUAUAUUAGGGCUAUACCAAGAUCAAACAAGUAAUGAUCUAGUAAAGAAAAACCCUUCUACAAGCUUAAUCUCUAGUAAUGGCUCUGAAAGAAAAAACUUAAAAGUAACUAUUAACUCCCUUAUUUAAAUUUGAACAAAACAUCGAUAAAAUUUGCAUUUUUAGUUACUUUUACCCCCUUUAAAUUAGAACAAUUUUUUUUUUCAAUAGGAAGAUUUCAUCGAUGAAAAUACUUAUUUUUAUAAAAUUAGUUUUGACCUAAUCUAAUAGGCAAAAUGCAAUUAGAAUAUUUAUUUUAAAAAUUUUACGUUGAAUAGAUUAAUUUUUUUAAUUAAUUCUUUAUAAAAUAAAUUAAAAUUCAAAGUAUUGUGCUCGAUUUAUGUUUUUCAAAAUUUUUAAAAACAAAGCGAUAACACUAAUUUAAUUGGAAAAUAUUAUUAGAGUGUUAUUUAAAUAGUUUCACACUGAAUUGGAAAUAUAUCUAAUUAAUUCUUCAUAAAAUAAAUUAAAAUUAAAAGUAUUAUGUCACUUUAUAUUUUUUUAAAAUGUUAAAUAAUAUUUUAUAAAAAAACAAAUUAGACCCCUUUAUAUUGGACCAGGAAUUUUUGUCCCAAUUUAAAGGGGGAAGUAAGAAUAGCAAGAAAGAAAGCAAAGAAAAGAGCUUUGGUGAAGACGUAAGAAAUCUUUUUGAAUUAAUUGAUAAUCAUUUAUAUGUCCAAGAACCAAUCCCAGUCGAAACACAAAGCUCAUCAUCUAUAACAGAUAAAAUCGAAAAGCCAGCAGCAACUCUUAUUAAGCAAAAUAGUGAGCUUCACAAAAAGAUAUCAAUUCAUUUUCCUGAAAAGAAAAUUAAACGAAGAACAGUCCAGUUUACACUUUCACAAUCAAAAUCUGAAAUAAAUUGGAGUGAUAAUAAUGACACAAAAAACGAGACAGAAGAAUCAUCUCCUAAGAAGUCGAAGGUGCUUUCUCCAACUAGUCCUUCUUCUUACUUAAGUUCAAGCUUUGAUCAUUCAUUGUCAGCAACUUUUUAUAUCAAAAACACUAAAUCCCUUAUUCCUAAAAUAUUGAUAGUCUUUUGAAAAUUAUUUAUUAUUCCUAAUUCUAAGCUUACAUUCAAAAAUAUUAGGAUUCUAGAGUAAGAAAAGAUCGAACACAAAUAAAAAGACAGAAAAACCGAAAUAUAUAGUUCCAAUUUUUACUGGGCCAUUUGGAUCAUCUCUUAAAGGUAAAAAAAUUAAAGAGUGCACUGAUUUUGGAGUGCUAUUCAAGUCAUCAUCAGCUUCAAAGCAAGCUAAUCCUUAUAAUCUUUCAUCCUCAAUAUUGAAAAGAAACAAAGUUAAACUGUACUCAUAA